AUGAGUAGAGUUAUUGUUGUGGAUGAUAUUUUUCUUAAGGGAAAAUUUAAAGGAACAUUGCUUGCAGCUAGUGCACAGGACAAAGAUUAUUCAUUGUAUCCGCUUGCGUUUGGGAUAGUUGACUCUGAAAACGAAUAUGUGUGGACCUGGUUUUUUAGAGGGCUCAAGACCGUGAUCCCUGAUGCGUCUGAUUUGGUAUUUGUUUCAGAUAGAGCUCAUGUCAUUGCAAAGUAUGGGAGAACUGGGUUGUUGCCACUUGUAGAAGCUGCAGUUGACGCUUACACUCGUGAUGAGUUCAUUGACAUCUUCAAUGACAUAAGGAACAGGAGCUCCAAAUUAGCUCCAUAUUUGGAAGAAUCUGAUUUUGCAAAGUGGGCUCGCUAUUUGGAAGAAUCUGAUUUUGCAAAGUACAAUAUCAUGACAACCAACAUUUCAGAGUCUCUGAAUUCGAUUUUAAACUUGGCUCAUGAGUUUUCAAUAAUGUCUCUGUAUGAGACUAUUAGGUUAACUAUCACAACAUGGUUUUAUGAACUCGGGAAAAAGCUUUUAAACACAAAAAAUCGGUAUGAGUUUGAAGUAAAAGACGAGACUCGGAAGUACAUUGUUCAUCUGGAAAACAAGCAGUGCAUUUGUCUCAUUUUUGACAUCGACAAAAUCCCCUGUGUCCAUGCUAUUGCUGCAGCUAAGCGUACAAACAAGGAUGAGAACAAGUUUUUGGAUCAGGCUUACUUGACAGAAACCUGGGCUAAAGCAUAUGCUUAG